ACCCAAUCUUCAAAAAUCAAAAUCAGGAUCAGUCACCUUCAGUAACAUCUUAAAAAUGUGCAAAAAUUCAAAUGACUCCCAAAACCCCCACAACCCUCUCCUCUCCCCCAAGUACAACGAAGAGGAUCUCAAGGCUGAACUCAAUGCUUACCUCGCCCACACCGAAAAGACUAUAUUCGUCACAAAAUCUUCCAAAUAACCCAAGUUCCUACCUAAACAAUAAGGACUCUGAGCUUGGUUCUGAAUCUGAGAUCGAUAAGCUUACUAGAAGGAACACCCGCAAGAAUACACAUUUAAAUGGGAUAAGCAAAUAAGGAAGCCUGAACUAAACGAGAAACCAGAACUGAGAAAUAUGUCAGAUUUGAGGUCCCUCGAUCAAGAAGUCUUGAUUUGGAGAGUUCAGAUGGCCAUGGAAACGAGUCUGAAGGAGUCAGACUUGAUUUGUAUAGUCAUUAUAGCAAAUAGGUAUAAUGGGUAUGAGACUGAACCUCAUGACAAUUGUUCACAAAUGGAUACAGAGCGAAAUUAUUCUAGUGUAUCGAAGUACCAAAGUGUCAAAGAACCUAAAAGAUGCCAUUCUUUCCAAGGAUGCUUUAAUAAUACAGCUUUUACUAAUGAAUCUGUCAGAAUGAAAGACAUCAAGAGCAACAUGAGUUAUGUCGAUGGAAAGUCAAAGAAUAGGAACAAAAGCAUUUUAAUAGGUAGCAAUCACACAGAUAAUGGCUCUCAUGCCUCCUGUGUACCUCCAGUAAUAUCUUCUUUAGCGAAGACUGCUCCUGUAGAUACUGAAAAGAGGUUUAUCUUGGAAAUAUCAACCUUCAACCUUGUUCUGUCAAUAAUUCUUCUGUUAUUAAUUGCCAUACAGUUACUGAAUAUUUUUGGAUCAAAACUAAAUGGAGAAGUCUGAAAUGGCCAGUAAUGUGUCAAAACUCCAUGGCAAAAUUCCUGAAAAUAUUGAGAAAAAUAGUCGCAAAUUCAAUUUGGUC